UAUUCUUGUUGAUCAGCGGCUGUCAACUGCACUAAUACCAAUAUCGGUUGACGUAUUAAGUCAGUUUAACCAUGAUUCGCUUCAUUCUUAUUCAAAAUAGAGCUGGAAAAACAAGAUUAGCAAAAUGGUAUAUGAAUUUUGAUGACGAUGAAAAACAGAAAUUAAUAGAAGAGGUUCAUGCAGUGGUGACUGUACGAGAUGCUAAACAUACUAAUUUUGUUGAGUUUCGUAACUUCAAGAUUGUAUAUAGAAGAUAUGCUGGUUUAUAUUUUUGCAUUUGUGUUGAUGUCAAUGAUAAUAAUUUGUGUUACUUAGAAGCAAUACAUAAUUUUGUUGAAGUAUUAAACGAAUAUUUUCAUAAUGUGUGCGAAUUGGAUCUGGUAUUUAAUUUUUAUAAGGUAUAUACAGUUGUAGAUGAAAUGUUUUUGGCAGGCGAAAUAAGGGAGACAAGUCAAACAAAGGUUUUAAAACAGCUAUUGAUGUUAAAUUCAUUAGAAUAAAAUUAUUUAUCAUUAUCUCAUUGUAUUAAUCAAAUACAUCA